GUCCACUUCCGGGACCGGGUCCUCGCUUCCGCCUCUCUGCAGGGCUGCCGGUCAGAAGCAGCCCCCCGUCAUGGGGUGUGGAGUCCUGCUUCCCCACCAGGCCCUCCAACUUCUCUGCUCCCCUGUAUGGUUUAUUUAAUUGUGGAUAUCUCUGCCAGCACAGAAGAGCUGUCUCACUGGGAAGGUAGAGACAAGGCCUGCUCCCUCCUCCUUUCCUCUGCGGCGCGUGCUCCAGAACUGCGCCCUCACCGAUGCAAUGGAUCUGGUUGGGUUUGGUUACGCAGCCGUGGUGAUCUUGGAGAGCAUUUGGAGUUACAGGCGGAAAGGCGGGAUUGUGUUUCUGCUUGCGGGUCUUGUUUUGGGGCUCUUGUCUGCCUACGGCGCUUACCGCAUCUCCAGUGACCAGCGAGACGUGAAGCCGUCGCUGUAUGCGGCUUUUUUCCUGGCCACUUUGAUGGGUACGAGAUUCAAGAGGUCCAAGAAGGUAAAGCCAGCUGGACUGAUUGCAGGUUUAAGCUUCUUGAUGAUCCUGAGACUUGUCCUCCUGCUGUUGUGACCCGCCCGAGGGCUGAGGGCCGAGGACCGUGUCCCUGUCAGCCUCCCGCAAUGGACAGAGCAUAUUCUUCAAAGAUGCGUGCGUGUACCGGGCGCUGGUGGGGCACGCCUGUAAUCCCGGUACUCAGGAGG